AUGACGCAAGUAGAAGAACCUCUUGUUGUAACUUCACUACAAACAGCUCUCAGUGAUCAAGCUUUUGCAAUGCACGGUUUAACUCAAUUCUCAGACAUUCAAACUGUCUUGAAAGAAAUGCACGAUAAAAAAGAAAUUCAAGAUGAACAAGGAGUGCAAGAUAAGCAAGAAACACUUACACAAUCACAAUCCAUCGACUCGUCGAUGUCAGGUCAAAACUCGCGUCAAGGUUCUCGUGCUGCCUCAAGAGCUCCGUCACGCUCAUCAUCAAGAGCUGGAUCACGUGCAGUUUCACCAUCUAAUACACCAGUUCCAUUAUCACGUACUAACUCUUCUAGUAGAAUGAAGUCUGAUCUUCCAUCUACACCAGAGUCACCUGACAUAACUAAAACUGGCGAUACGUCAUUUGCACGUUUAGCUAGCCAAUUAGUUGCAAUGAUUAAACAAGCAGAAGAAGCUGUUGAGGUACCCGUAAGAGGUCGUGAAACAAAGCCAAGACAACCUUCUAAUGCUAGCGAAACAUCACAACUUGAUUUCGAUAAUUUUUUAAAUGAUCUUGACACCUAUUUAGAGGAGGAUGGCGAAGAAGUUGCUGGGGAAGGCUUAAUAAAACCAUCAUCAAAGGAAAACACUGAUUUAAUACAAGACCGCAAGAAAGAAAAGAGAGUAGGUCACAGUAAACAAAAAAGCAGGCAAGAGGAGGAAUUUCAACAAAGUUUAGAUGUUUUUGCAAAAAAUUUUAACAACAUUCUUGCAGAGAUUGAACACGAAGUAGGAGGAAAUGACGAUGCUAAUAUUCUUAACGGCGAGAUCAUGCCUCCAAAUAUGUUGUCAUCACAAUAUAUUGAUCCAAUAAAUCAUCCAAGUGAAGAUCUGGCAGACUUGGAUGAUUUUGCACAACAAUGUCGUCUACUCACUCGAGCACUUAUACUUCCAUUUUUACAUGCAACGCACUCAUUUAUGUCCGAGUCACUCCAAACCACCGAUACAUCACAUACACCUAGGUCGGUGACAAGCACUACACGAAGUUUUAUGAAUCUUAUGUAUUGGACAUUUUUGUUUACGCUUGGAACAUUGGUGCUAGAUGCAUGGUUGUGUGAAGUAGCAGGACAACAAGUAAUCAGAAUGGUUGGCAUGCUAAAGCCAGGACAAGUAUUUCACAACAUUGAUAAAAACAACAAUAUUGAACAUCAUCAUCAUAAUGCUAUCGAGUUAGAUCAUCAAGAUGGCCGUCACGAACACGAGGAAGAAGAUCGAGAUUUAAAUAUACCCGGAUCUUUUCCUUCGGCAUUCAAAUGGACACCACACUCAUCCCAUUUAAAUAAUAAUAAAAAAGACAAUGUUAGAAGAGUAAAAAGUGUAGUAUUACGUCGACCAAAACGUAAUGGAUCAUUUAGCGGUGGAGGUCAUUGGGUGAUUAGAACUCGUAAAGAUAUGGGUUAG